UUGGGACAAAAACUGUUCACACGCUCGAAAUAUUUUUUUGGGCUGAAAUACACUUUGAAAAUUCGAUUUCMUUGAUAUCUUGAGUUUAGAGAUUGGUGAAAGCAAAAUGAAACUGAGAUUUAUUCGAAUGUAUUAAUAAGGCACGAACGAAAUAUGAUUACGUCACAUAGUGCGCGCAUACGUCACUGGUUCUUUAUGACGUCAUCAAGCGAACUAUCCUGUUUCAGUGGUAUAUAAGUUGUGAGUUAAAUCUGGAGAUAUCUUCAAAAUCGAGUAGUUAUUUAGUCCGUUUUUGGUUGGGGUGUUUAAAGCAGCUUCAACGAAGAAGCAAAUAUCAAGAGAAAAUGUAUUUUUUUACGAAAAUAAUUGAACUGAAAAAUCUUUGUUCAAGCUCAAAGUAGGGUUGGACUGACUCGGAAAAACGAUGACAAACGAAAAACAGCUAGAGGUGAGUGUUCGGUAGAACGAAAUAACGGAAAAACGAUGACAAACGAAAAACAGCUAGAGGUGAGUGUUCGGUAGAACGAAAUAACGCCUUAUUUUCAUCGUCUGCUCAAAGAUAUUUCUUUACUUUCAUAAUAUCAUUCAUUCUAUAGACACUUUAGAACUUGCAACAAUUAUUUUCAUCGUCUGCUCAAAGAUAUUUCUUUACUUUCAUAAUAUCAUUCAUUCUAUAGACACUUUAGAACUUGCAACAAUUCAUGUGUUUCAGUUUUAACCCUUUUCUAAUAAAACUGCAAGCGUGGGUGUAUUAAACACCUUUGGGCCCCUGUAACCAACCCAUGCUAGUAUGCCCGGCUAAAAUACCAAGUCGUGGCAUAUCUGGCUGAAAUGUCUUCUUUGUUGAUAUUACUGGAUAUUAGGAGUUGAACAAAAACUGCAUCGAUGUUCAAGAUCUCCCGAAAUGCAAGUCGGGAAGGCACAAAAAGUCCAUGCAAAUAACCAAAGUCAAAAUUCUUACCCCUCAUCUUCAACGAAGUGAUAUCUUUUACAACAAGUGGAAGAAAGAGGAAAUUAAGAUCUUUGAAAAACUGUAUGUCAAGCUUUCGCGGUCAGGCAACAAACGUCACGUGUUCGAAUCUAUUGCUAAUAACCUUCCAAAUAAGACUACUAGAGAUUGUGUUCAGUAUUACUAUCUGUUCAAGAACAUUGGAACCUUUAAAACAAAGUUGAGGAAAGGCAAGAAGAAGAAAACCAAAAGCCCCUGCACAACCUUAACCCAUAAACAGUAAGAUGGCUAUGGAAUGAUUGAGAUCACAAGCUCCAUUCAACAAAAAAAUCUUUCACGCCAACUGGCUAAAUCUAGUGUGUGUAGAUUUGUAGCUUUGAUUUUGUGAUGAGUAUUCUACGCUUUCUUGAACAGAAAUCAGUAGAAGUUGAUUACUAGCUAGUGAGACACAUGCUAACGAAGCCAUACUAAAGUAGAAUAAAGUUUCCAGCCAUGCAAAAGAGGAGGGGCACCUGGAAGAGAUAUAAGAAGCACAACGAAUUGGGACAAAAAAAUUCGACAGUAACUACAAAUUUAGUAGGACGAAAACCUGAAGGAGUGUUGAUAAGAUCAGCUGUUAGAUAAUCAAGCAAACAUUGUAUGAAGCAUUAUUCCAUUUAAAGAACA